GCGUCGGUUUUUUUGAAGAACACCUCAGUUAGUUUCCCUACCCGGUGAUUACGUGUGCAGUCCGAAUUGAUCCUGCGUCAAAGAUCACUUUGUUUUCUACUUAUGGGAAAGCGCCCUUCCGCGAAGCUUGCGGACGAUUCCAAAGGACAAAAAGCAUCCAAACGUACACGAGCUACCACUGAUAGCAAGAAGAACACCAAGACAUCUGAUGAGUGUAACGGAACUGAGAAAAAGAAUUUACAGUUUUCUUGGUGCUCUACCUACCCCGGUAGUCUUCCUUCGCUGAUUUCACCCAGUCUUAACAAGUGGAACUUGAAGAUAUGCUCAUGGAAUGUGAACGGCCUGCGUGCUUGGCUUAAGGCUGGUGGUCUUGGAUACGUCGAAGAAGAGAUGCCUGAUAUUUUAGGAAUUCAGGAAACAAAGUGCUCACUGAUAAAAAUCCCUGCAGAUGCUAACCUUUCGAGCUAUAAGACAUACUGGUCCUCUGCUCAGAAAGAAGGUUAUGCCGGCACCGGUCUAUACUCCAAAUUGGAGCCAAUCAAUGUCUUCUAUGGUAUCAAUGUGUCAAAUCAUGAUGUUGAAGGAAGGGUCAUCACAGCGGAGUAUGAAAAGUUUUAUCUGAUCACUGCAUGUACGUCACGUUUAUGCACCGAAUUGCUUGUUUUUCAGACGUUCCCAACUCCGGUCAGGGUUUAGUAAGGUUACCUUAUCGGCAACAUCAAUGGGACCCUGCUUUCCUACAGUACGUGAAAAAACUAGACGCUGUCAAACCUGUCAUAGUCAGUGGUGAUCUGAACGUCGCGCACGAAGAAAUAG